AUGAAGCUCGCACCUACCAUCACCUUUGCGGCCCUGCUCGCACCGGGCAGCAGCGCCGCCGUCAGCGACACGCGCCAGGCAGACAAGGUGUGCAGCGUCAGCGGGACCAGCAGCUAUGUCAACUGCCGCGCCGGCCCCGGCCGCGACUACGCAACCGUCCGCGGAGUGCAGCCGGCCCAGCAGUUCUCCGUGCAGUGCAUGCGGGACGGAGAGGCUAUCGACGGGGAGAAGGCCUGGGGAUAUAUCCCCGCCUGGCACUGCUGGCUGGCUAUGCGCUGGACAGAUCUGGGCUGCAAGAGAGCGCUGGAGACAUGUUCGACGUAG